AACACCUUCAAGAAAUCCCUGACUCCUGAGAUGCCGGGAGGAUCCCAAACCAUCCGGAAAGGCCACAGAGGAGUGGAUUCCACAGGGGAGACCACCUACAAAAAGACCACGUCGUCGGCGCUGAAGGGCGCCAUCCAGCUGGGCAUCACCUACACCGUGGGCAGCCUGAGCACCAAGCCCGAGCGCGACGUGCUCAUGCAGGACUUCUACGUCGUGGAGAGCAUCUUCUUCCCCAGGUGGGCGCUCCGGGGCCAGCCCGCCUCCGGAAUGUCCCAUCCCUUCAGUCCCAUCCCAUCCCAUCCCAUGGAUUCCAGUCGCAAUUCCUUCAGUACCGAUUCCAGCAGCCAUCCCUUUAGUUCAAACCUCACUAGAACCUCCACUCGGAAUCUGUCCCCGCUGUGCCACGCCGCCCCUGACCCGUCCCCAUCCCCAUCCCCGCAGAACCUGAACCAGAACCCGCGCACGCUGCUGCCCAAGUUCUACGGGCUGUACUGCGUGCAGGCGGGCGGGCGCAACAUCCGCAUCGCCGUCAUGAACAACCUGCUGCCGCGCUCCGUGCGCAUGCACCUCAAGUACGACCUCAAGGGCUCCACCUGCAAGCGCCGCGCCUCGGCCCGCGAGCGCGACAAGCCCUGCCCCACCUUCAAGGACCUGGACUUCCUGCAGGACCUGCCCGACGGGCUCUUCCUGGACGCCGACAUGCACAGCGCCCUGUGCAAGACGCUGCAGCGCGACUGCCUGGUGCUGCAGAGCUUCAAGAUCAUGGACUACAGCCUGCUGGUGGCCAUCCACAGCCUGGACCAGGCGCAGCGCGAGCGCGCGGCCGCGGGGCAGCGCCCGGGCGACGGGCGCGGCCGGCCCGCGGCGCAGAGAGCGCUCUACUCCACCGCCAUGGAGUCCAUCCAGGGCGAGGCGCCGAGAGGGGGACCCAUCCACACUGACGACCAGAUGGGCGGAAUUCCCGCCAGGAAUUCCCGGGGGGAGCGGCUGCUGCUCUUCAUCGGCAUCAUCGAUGUCCUGCAGUCCUACAGGUUCGUGAAGAAGCUCGAGCACUCCUGGAAGGCCCUGGUGCACGAUGGGGACACGGUGUCCGUGCACCGGCCCAGCUUCUACGCCGAGCGCUUCCAACGCUUCAUGUGCCACACGGUGUUCCGGCGGAUCCCACUGAAGCCCUCGCCGUCCAAGAAGAGCCGGGGCGGCGGCGCCGUGCCCCGGAGGAGCUGCCAGGGCGGGAUCCCGGCCCCGAUCCCGAUCCCGAUCCCGAUCCCGAUCCCGGGGGACGCCGCGGCCCCGCCGGGCCCCGAGGGGGACCCGGAGCAAGGCUCCCGGCCGGACGUGCUCCCGCGCUCUCUGCCCGGCGCUGCCCCGGCCCCGAGCAGGUCCGUGGGGGUGGAAGUUCACCCGGGGCCCGGAGCAGCUCCCGGAGCGUCCCUGCCCAGGUGA